GGUAAUACCCACAGUCAAGCUAUUUGGCUGCAGCCCAAGGUCAUGGACAAAUCAAAAGUAACGGACGCCAAGCACGCAGCGCGCCAAGACCCAUUAAGAUAGAGAGCGUCAAUAUUUCUGGCCAAGAAUUGCGCAUGCGCAACAUGGACAGCAUUGUCUUUGUCCAUCGCCAGUCGUUGACUUGGCCAGCCGCGGCGCGUGCUCCGCAUACUCAAAUAGCUGCCCCAAACAACGGCCCCAAAAUUGAAAAGCGUAAGUGUUGGCCGUCUGAGGUUUGGCUAUAAAAGCACAGCGUCGUCUUCCAAUUGACAUCACAAAUCAACUGGUCAUUCACUAGCUGACAACAAAUCCAAAACAACCUAAAAACCAAACAUGAAAUUCUUCGCCGUCUGCUUGUUCGCUGUUGUGGCUGUGGCUGCUGCCAAGCCCGGCAUUGUGGCUCCUUUGGCCUACACCGCACCAGCUGUCGUCGGCAGCGCCGCCUACGUGGCACCCUAUGCCUCCAGCUACACCGCCCACCAGGUGGCCCAUAGCGCCGCCUUCCCAGCUGCCUACACUGCACCCAUUGCCGCCGCCGCCUAUACCGCUCCAGUUGCUGCCGCCUAUACCGCUCCAGUUGCCGCCGCCUACACCUCACCCUUUGCCGCCGCCUACACCGCGCCCAUUGCCCGCUAUGCCGCUGCAGCUCCUCUGGCCUACAGCGCUCCAUUUGCUGCUCCUUAUGUGGCUCGUCCCUAUGCCGCCGCUCCCCUGCUGCUGAAGAAGUAGAGUGGGUGCAUCAAUCAUGGAAAUAGUGCGACAU